AUGUCUUCUCCCAAGCUCAUCACCAUCUUUGGCGCCACAGGCAACCAAGGCCGCAGCGUCGCCCUAUCCCUCUUGGGAAACAAGGCCGGUGCCUUUCGCGUCCGCGCCAUAACCCGCAACCCCGACAGCGAUGGUGCCAAGGCUCUCACUCAGGCCGGAGCCGAGAUCUUCAAGGCCGACGGCACCGCUCGUGACCUAAUGGUUGCGGCGUUUGCCGGUAGCUGGGGAGCGUUUGUGAAUACCAAUGGCGAUGAUCCGGCCCUCGAUGAGCCCGGACACCCUUCAGAGGUGGAUAUCGGCAAGAUUGUCGUGGACGCCGCCGCGGAGGCUGGCGUAAAACACAUCGUGUACAGUGGCAUGGUUUCCUCCACCGAGGUCACAAAGGGCAAAUACACUGCGCAGGCUUUCGACAACAAGAACACAGUCGGCCGCUAUGCUAGCUCCAAGACCGAGUUCGAGACGGUCAACAUCGUGAGCCCCGGAAACUACAUGGAGAAUUUCCUCAUUGAGGAACUCGCUGGGAUCUUUGGACACCCUUACAUUGCCAUCGGGGAUGAUUAUGGCGACCUCGUCCAUGGUGUCUUGCUUGACCCCGCCAAGUACAACGGGCAGCUCGUCCAGGGGUUCAGCCAGUCUAUCAAGCCUGGCGAUGCGCUGAAGAACUUUGAGGAAGUUACUGGCAAGAAGGCGCGAUAUGUGCCAAUGGAGAGCUUGGAUGAUUUGCAGACAUACGGCAUGAGGGCCCUCGAGACGGUCAAGAGCGUAUUCGGCUUUUGCCAAGCCAGUGGUGGGAACUACUACGGACUUCCCAACGAUGCCGCGCCCGCUGCCCAGUUGAAGAAGGCCGCAGCUGAGGCCCAGGGAAAGUCUGGAAGCGAAACCGAGCUGCUCACCAUCAAGGAGUUUUUCAAGCGACACUUUGCGUCCUAA